GCCGGCUGAUGCUACGUAGUUUGGGUGGCCUAUUUUAGCGACUUUAGCCCAUGCUCAACAUGCUUUAGCCCUUUAGCUAAAUCAGCCAAAAGGGCUAAAGUACGCAAACUGACCGCAUGGUGGUGCUAUUUUAAAUAUGGCGGCGCCCAGCUGUGUGUGCCUUCUGCGCUGCUCAAGUCCGUUUUUAAUUACAAGUGCUAAUGUUUUGUCAAUAUCGGUCCGUUUCCGACACGUCAAAACAAGGAAUCCCAUUAAGAAGCUGAAACCGAUUGCUGUCAUUGAUAGGGUGAGAAAGAGGGAUAAUCCGUUAAACAUUGCACCGCUUCCACCUCUCGAAGACGCAGAACGGGAAGCUUUCGACGAAGAAGAGCAAGACGCUGUCUUGGAUAGAGCUGAUGAGUAUUACGACUACCACCAGAGCGAGCUCCGGAAGGAGAGGAGUAUGAGAGCAAAGCAUAACACGCUGCGGAAAUAUUUUCCGAAGCCACCAGAAACUAAUUUGUUGACAUGGGCAGCGAAGCAGCAGAUACAUUACCUCCACGGGCUAGACCCGCAGGAAUGGGAUGCUAAAAGGAUUGCAGAAUGCUUUCCUAUCAGCGAAGCCGGAGCCAAGAAACUUCUGAAAACUGAGUUCACAGUGGCCUCAUCAGAGAGAAUCAAGCGCCACGACUUAGCAGUCAUACGUAGCUGGAAAACACUCCAAGGUGGAAAUCCCAAUGAGUGCAUCUCGCCUGUUACAUGCCAGCUGUACAGAGAGGGGAAAUUAAAGUCAGACUUUGUUUAUGGCAACCCGUCCUUGCCGAUGCCUGAAGACGAGAGCGGAUGCAAAGACGUGCAGCCUCUAGCCCAUCAGAUAAAGCCUGGCGAGUACACCAAGAUUAUUGCGAAGUACCUCGACAUAAAAAAGGGGACAACAAGGACUGUGCUCGCGGAUGAAGAUGAUAAAGAAAACGAGUCUACAUCACCAGCCCACGACGAACAUCACGAUGAUCCUAUAGCAGCCACUCGCUACACGCACAUUAAAAAUAGUCCUCACGUCACAUUUGAGAAAUUUAAACGCGACAUUACAGCAAGAAAGAAAGACGAUGCCGACAGUGCGUGGGAGCGGUGGAUGGAAGAAAAGAAGACUGCAAAGCCAUUGACUGUUGAAGCCGAACCGACGUCUCUCGAUGGUGGCACAGAGUACUCUGGGCAGAGGGUCAGCACUAUAUCGAAGUAUAAAAACGAGGGCAUCAAUGUUGUUUACGAAGCGGCUAAAGGAAAAGCACCGUACCACUUUGACGAAAAAACUGGCUAUCAGUAUCCAUAUGGUAAGGAGAAUGUGCCAAAACAGUAUAUUAGGGUUCCAGAAAGGGCAAAAGAGGAAGGAAAGGUAUACAAGGUUGGGAACUGCUACUAUGAUGCUGAUGGUGAAUUGUUGUACAAGGUCCCACUGUGAGCAUUGGGCCAUAAUAAAUGUUAAGUCUGAGCUGUUUUGGAAAUAAAGCUAGUCAGGUUACAAAACUG